CGGGAGUGAUCCUGGGGCCCGGCCCGGUGGCCCGCGCGGCCUGCCCUUUGUGCUUGCAGCCCGCAUCCGCGCCCAGGGCCACCGCGUCGGGCUCCCCGGCGCGCGUGCCCGCCCGCGCGCUGCCCGGCCUGGGAUGCGCCAGGGAUGCGCGCCCGCCGGCCCUGCGGCUCCUGGCAGCUGGGCACGGGGCGAUGGAGCUAAGCAUGAAGAAGUUCACGGUGCGCAGGUUCUUCUCCGUGUACCUGCGCAAGAAGUCGCGCUCCAAGAGCUCCAGUCUGAGUCGCCUCGAGGAAGAAGGCAUCGUAAAGGAGAUUGAUAUUAGCAACCAUGUGAAGGAAGGCUUUGAGAAGGCAGACCCUUCCCAGUUUGAGCUGCUGAAGGUUUUGGGACAAGGAUCCUAUGGGAAGGUAUUCUUGGUGAGGAAGGUCACAGGAUCGGAUGCUGGUCAGCUCUAUGCCAUGAAGGUCCUGAAGAAAGCCACCUUGAAAGUGCGGGACCGGGUCAGAUCUAAGAUGGAGAGAGACAUCCUGGCAGAAGUGAAUCACCCUUUCAUCGUCAAGCUGCAUUAUGCCUUUCAGACCGAGGGCAAGCUCUACCUGAUUCUGGACUUCCUGCGGGGAGGGGACCUCUUUACCAGGCUUUCCAAAGAGGUCAUGUUCACUGAGGAGGAUGUCAAGUUCUACCUGGCUGAGUUGGCCUUGGCUCUGGACCACCUUCACGGCCUGGGGAUCAUCUACAGGGAUCUGAAGCCAGAGAAUAUCCUCCUGGAUGAAGAGGGACAUAUUAAGAUCACAGAUUUUGGCUUGAGCAAGGAGGCCAUCGACCACGACAAGAGAGCCUAUUCGUUCUGUGGGACUAUCGAAUACAUGGCUCCUGAGGUGGUGAACCGGCGGGGACACACGCAGAGUGCUGACUGGUGGUCCUUUGGUGUGCUCAUGUUCGAGAUGCUCACAGGGUCCCUGCCAUUCCAGGGGAAGGACAGGAAGGAAACAAUGGCCCUCAUCCUCAAAGCCAAGCUGGGCAUGCCACAGUUCCUCAGCAUGGAGGCGCAGAGCCUGCUGAGGGCCCUCUUCAAGCGGAACCCCUGCAAUCGGCUAGGUGCUGGCAUUGACGGAGUGGAGGAGAUCAAGCGUCACCCUUUCUUUGUCACCAUUGAUUGGAAUAAGCUGUACCGCAAGGAAAUCAAGCCACCCUUCAAGCCUGCAGUGGGCAGGCCUGAGGACACCUUCCACUUUGACCCCGAGUUUACUGCAAGGACACCCACAGACUCCCCCGGUGUCCCCCCAAGUGCAAAUGCCCAUCACCUGUUCAGAGGAUUCAGCUUCGUGGCCUCCAGCCUGGUCCAGGAGCCCUCCCAGCAAGACAUGCCCAAGGCCCCCAUUCACCCAAUUGUGCAGCAGUUGCAUGGGAACAACAUCCACUUCACCGAUGGCUAUGAGAUCAAGGAGGACAUCGGGGUGGGCUCCUACUCAGUCUGCAAGCGGUGUGUACACAAAGCCACCGAUGCUGAGUACGCUGUGAAGAUCAUCGAUAAGAGCAAAAGGGACCCCUCAGAAGAGAUCGAGAUCCUCCUGCGGUAUGGCCAGCACCCCAACAUCAUCACCCUAAAAGACGUCUAUGACGAUGGCAAGUACGUAUACCUGGUGAUGGAGCUCAUGCGAGGUGGGGAGCUGCUGGACCGCAUCCUCCGUCAACGGUGCUUCUCAGAGCGUGAGGCCAGUGACGUGCUGUACACCAUCGCCAGGACCAUGGACUACCUGCACUCCCAAGGGGUUGUUCAUCGGGACCUGAAACCGAGUAACAUCCUGUACAUGGAUGAGUCUGGAAACCCCGAAUCUAUCCGCAUCUGUGACUUUGGGUUUGCCAAGCAGCUGCGAGCAGAGAAUGGCCUGCUGAUGACGCCCUGCUACACGGCGAACUUUGUGGCCCCCGAGGUCCUGAAGCGGCAAGGCUACGAUGCAGCGUGUGAUGUCUGGAGCUUGGGAAUCCUGCUGUACACCAUGCUGGCUGGGUUCACCCCUUUUGCCAAUGGACCAGAUGACACCCCUGAGGAGAUUCUGGCGAGGAUUGGCAGUGGGAAGUACGCCCUUUCUGGGGGAAACUGGGACUCCAUAUCUGACGCAGCCAAAGUGAGUGUGUUUCCCAGUGUCCUUGCCUCCAGUCACGGAGACUCUGCAGCAGGCAUACUGCUGGAUGUCGUGUCCAAGAUGCUUCACGUGGACCCGCAGCAGCGCCUAACAGCAGUUCAAGUGUUGAAACACCCAUGGAUUGUGAACAGAGAGUACCUAUCCCAAAGCCAGCUGAGCAGACAAGACGUCCAUCUAGUAAAGGGUGCCAUGGCAGCCACCUACUUCGCUCUGAACAGGACCCCACAGGCACCAAGGCUGGAGCCUGUGCUAUCGUCUAGCUUGGCCCAACGCAGAGGGAUGAAGAGACUCACAUCUACCAGGUUGUAGUGGCCAGCCAAGCCUGCCCUCCAGCCUCAGCCUCCCUGCCCAACAUCCUCUCAGGCCCCCAGACACUAGAUGCAGGUCCUGUUCAUGGGCACUUGAGUGCCCACGAGUCCAGCACAAAAAUGGCUCUGGCCUUGGCUGCCUCUGUUUCCUUUGCAGCCCUGGAGAGGGUCCUGCCCAGGAUGUCUGAGCCUUGCUGCGCCGACCUCGCUGCCCGCUCUCCUUUUCUCCUGAGUGAAACCAAAUGAACCUGUCACCUCAUAGCACCCUGCUGGAGCCUGCCUGGGCUCGCUCAGGGCUCUAGGUCUUUUCAUACCAUGGCUUAUGUUCAAAGCAGAGCACUUUUACCAUUCUGAAGUCAGUUAAGUGGUCAGCCUCUCACAAAGGCGUUCUACCGUCACAUUAAGAGUGUCAGUUCAGGGUCCCUGCCAGGGGACCGCAGAACCGCUCUGGAAGAGCAGGAUGCUCCUGGAUGUUCUGAUCUAACCAGUGACUGUGGGAUGGCAUCCAGCUUAAAUGCCCGGUCUGUCCAAACUCACCCAAAGAGUGUCCCUCUCCAUCCUCUGGUUCACAAAUGAGAUGCUGGUGGCCUCUCCCUGACUCUGUCACUGACUCGUCGGGAUGAAAGCUCCCAGCCCAAGAGUCAAGAUGGCCGAGUCUGUUUGAGAGCCUGAUUCAUGGUGGUUGAGAGAAGAGCCCCAGGAAGCUGCCAGGCAGAGCCAGCACCUGCUAUGUGUACUGCUGCACUCUAGCGCUCUGGCCCUGAGGACCCUGGAGAGUGUGGGGCUCCGCCAUGGCCGCUUACGCUGGCGGCUCUGCAUGCGUUUCCUGAGGAGGUGGUGGUGUGUUCACUCUCGGCUUUCCUGGUGCACAGAGAAACUGAAGAAAUGGAACUUCAUUUCUUCCCCCGGCUCUUCCUUAGCCCGGCUGAGGACAGGAGAGACACCUGAGACCCUUGGCCUCGGGGAGGCAAGAGGCGCCAGGACAGGCCGUCGACAGGAGUGAUGCACUUCGUGGAAGCCAUGGUUCUGUGUUGCAUUUUGUGUUUCUGUUGUGUAGACCUGUCUCAAAAUCACACCUCACCAACAGUGUUUUCAGGGUGUGGUCUGUGUGGGGAGCAGUGGUGACAUGGAGCGGGCUGUCUGUGCACUCUUUGUGCAGAAUAAUAGAGUGAGACCCUUUCUGCAUGGCAUGCUCCACUCAGCCUGACCCUGGAAGAGGCACUUGUGUGUCCUCCGCUCUCUCUGGGGGAUGGGGUGUGCCAAGGAUACCCCCAUAGUGGGCUCAGAUCAGGGGACACUCCACUGUGGCUCAGAAACUGCCAGUCCGAGGGGCAGCCCUUCUGCCCGGGAGGUGUAGGAACACCUGUUGGUCCCAGCAAGCUUGCACUGGGCCGUAGCCCCUCUGUACCUCACUUAGCUCUAGGACCCAGCACCUGCCCCCAGUGGAACAUACGGAACGUAAUUCCUUUUCUCGGUCUAAUUAUUUCAGACCUCAAAAUGUAAACUGAUUUCACAAGCUUGAAUUGUUCCACUGGACGCUGUUUUGUUGGAGAAUUAUAAAAUACAAAGAAUGGGAACAGACUGUGACUGUGUGCCGUUUUCACAGUGUCCCGAGGGAAGGUCUCGUAUUUUCUCAAUGGAAAAUGCCCUGCCCAAUGCACUUCCCUAAUUUUUGAGGUCUGGGUCCUUCCAUUUCUUUUUUUUUUUUUUUUUUGGUUUUUCGAGACAGGGUUUCUCUGUGUAGCUUUGCGCCUUUCCUGGAACUCACUUGGUAGCCCAGGCUGGCCUCGAACUCACAGAGAUCCGCCUGGCUCUGCCUCCCGAGUGCUGGGAUUAAAGGCGUGUGCCACCACUGCCCAGCCUCAUUUCUUGAUCUAAAUCUAGAGGAAAAGAAUAGUGGGUAGUCUCAAUGACAGACUCUGUCCUCUUAGAAAUGAACAGAACCCCCAGAAUCCUCUGAGGGCCCUUCUGGCACAGAUCAUAUGCCAGAUGCCAACAGCCCUUGGACUGGGUUUGUUUGCAGCUUCAAAUCUAUGAGCUUCAAUGAAAAGAAAGAACAGGAGAACACAGAAGCAUCCCCAUUGGUCACAUGGCCUCAUCACCUCUUUUUGGUAAUGUCAGCUUAUCUGCCUUACACUCUCAAAAAUGGGGUGGCGGAGGCCAUCAUACCAAACUAUUUUUGAAGUGUCUGUGAAGCAUGUCACAUGUCUGUAGAGAAUGCUGGUUCAGCCCUGCUCUGUUGAGAGUGAAAUACCUCGACAUUCCCACCCUCACCCAGUACAUGAUACUUGAAAUCUUCGGUAGUCAGCAUGUGGCAGGAUUAUUUUAAUCCCUGUUCUUUAAAGUGCAGCAGCAGGCGGCUGUGGCAUGUAACCCCAGCGUCCUGAGCGUUUCCCUUGCCUCUCCAGUGAACCCUUACCCAACGAGAUGAAAGGUCCUCUGUUCUCUACACGAGUGACUGAGGCUCCCCCGCAGCCCAUUCUCACCACCUGUUUGGGUUUUAGAAGCUACAGAAUUUGUCCUGGGAAACCCCAGCCUACAUCCCAGGCCUCCCAUACCCAUACCCAGUGGUCACUUUUGGCAGCUCCUGUCCUGAUUGGGAUGAGAACAUGAUGAGUGCCCCACGGAAGAGGAGUGGGGGGCUUGUCAGAUUCUACCCCGAAAUCAAUGGCGGGUAAGCCGUGAGCAUCCGCUGUCCUACAGUCGUGUGAUUUUAAACUCCCCGUGUGCCCUGAUUUGGGGAUAUUGUUUGGCUUUUUAAGUGAGGAUAGCUAUCUAAUGUUGGCAGUAUUGUUUGUAAAUGGUGUUCUUCCUUAAGAUGCCCUUUGGGAUUUUCCCUGCGUUGUACUGAUUCUCUCAAGCACAGGAGAUACAUGCUGUGACUCUUCAUUCUCUCUGGCGUGUUUUGCCACCCUUCACCACCUGCAAGACUGUGAGACCCCUGGAGUGGAAAGGACUCUGUGGUCCCUGUGUGGCCGGGAAAGGUGGAAGGCGAAGCCAGCAUGGCUCAUCCGUGCAGGUGACACACACCUGUCCACCCUGCCCCCAUGGCGCACUGCAUUUACAUGCUCAGCAGUUACGUUUACAAUUCACUCCAUGUUCACACUUUCUGUCUGUGUUUGGGACGGGCGGCCACUGUACAGAUAUUUAUUAUGCUUUCCAGACUUUCCCAUGAGAUUUUUUGAAUAAACAUGGAUUUUAUGAAGUGUAA